AUGGGCACAAGAGUGGCUAUACGUUUUGCAUGGCCCUCGGGUUUGGUCAGGCUCCCCAGCGGCUGGUCCAUCCACCAGGCACACCCCUGGGACCUCCACCGCUCGCGCACAGCGAGUCCGGGCAAGGCCACGCCAGGAGGCGCGGCCCGGCGCGAGGCGCGGCACCCGCGUACCCCCGAGCAGCAGCGGGAGUGGCUCAAGGCCACGGGCAAGUGGAUAGACCGGUCGGCGCCGGGCGCGACGUGGAAGCACCCGCGCACGCCGGAGGAGCAGCGCGAGUGGCUGCGGGCAAACGGGAUGCUGUGGGAGGCCGGGGCGCAGCCGCGCCGGCACCCGCGCACGCCCGAGGAGCAGCGCGAGUGGCUGCGGGCGCAGGGGAAGCUGGGUCCUGACCAGGCACCCAGACCCAAGCCCGUGCGCGCGGCGCCGGCGGUGCAGCCGCCGGUGGUCAUCCCCGCGGACGUGACCGUGCUGCGCCUGGCCAGCCUGUUUGGCUGCCCGCUGUCCCGGCUGGAGGGCAUCCUGGCCAGCCUGGGCUCCCCCCCUGGCUCCGAGCAGGAGCUGGUGUCGCCCGAGGACGCCGAGCUGGCGGCCAUGGAGCUCGGCGUGGCGGCGGUGCUGGACCCUGAGGCGGCGGCGACCACGCUGCUGGACGCGCUGCGGCGCACGGCGCUGGCGGCGCGCGAGGCGGGCGGCAUCACCCAGCACAUCGGCGCCUUCAGCUUCCCGCUCCCCGCCUCCGGCACCGCGCUGACCUUCCUGGACACGCCGGGGCACGCGGCCUUCUGCGCCAUGCGCGCGCGCGGCGCGGCGGUCACCGACAUCGUGGUCCUGGUGGUCGCGGCCGACGACGGCGUGAUGCCGCAGACGCGCGAGGCGCUGGCGCACGCGCGCGCGGCGGGCUGCCCCGUCGUCGUGGCGCUGACCAAGUGCGACGUGCCGGGCGCGGCGCCCGCGCGCGUCCGCGCCGCGCUGCUCUCCCUGGGCCUGGAGCUGGAGGAGGCCGGGGGCACGGUGCAGGUGGUGGAGGUGGCCGCGCCGCGCGGCACAGGCCUGGACGCCCUGGAGGAGGCCCUGCUGCUGCAGGCGGAGAUGAUGGACCUGCGCGCCAGCCCCUCCGCGCGUGCCGCGGGCGUGGUGGUCGAGGCGCGGCUGGACAGGGGGCGCGGCCCCGUGGCCACGGUGGUGGUGCGCCAGGGCACGCUGCGCGCCGGCGACGUCGUCGUGGCCGGCGCGGAGUGGGGACGCGUCCGCGCGGUGCGCGGACCGGCGCGGGCGCGGGCCGACGUGGCUGGGUCGGUGGAGGCGGUGUGCGACGCCCUCGCCGCGCUUUCCUGCCGUGAGCUGGAACUGCGCGUGGUGCACGCCGGGGUGGGCCCCGUGUCGGCCUCCGACGUGCAGCUGGCGGUGCCCCUGCGCGCGCGCGUCGUGGCCUUUGGCGUGCGCACCGCCGGCGCGGCCGUCGACGCGGAGCUGCGCCGCCACGGCCUGACCCUACACCGCCACGACGUCAUCUACAAGCUGCUGGAGGAGCUGGGGGAGGUGAUGCUGGGCGAGGCGCCUCGCGUCGAGCGCGAGGUGGUGGCGGGCGAGGCCGCCGUGCUUCAGGUCUUCGAUGUCAAGGCCACCAGGGGUCGCGAGGCGGCAGUGGUGGCGGGGUGCCGUGUGCAGGAGGGCAGCCUGCGCGCGAGCCACACCUUCCGCGUGCUGCGCGCGGGGGAGUUGGUGCACGAAGGGCCUUGCGCCUCUCUGCGCCGCGUCAAGCUGGGGGUGGAGGCGGUGGGCAAGGGCGGCGAGUGCGGCGUGGCGCUGACGGGUUUCUCCCACUUCAGGCCGGGGGACGUGCUGCGGUGCAUCAGCGUGGAGAUGGUGCGGCCGGAGGCACUGACGGCCAGCGCGCCAGAGGGGGCGGCGCAGGCGCCCUGA